AUGGGUGCCUCAAAGCCUGCAGCCCGAACCACGAAGCAAGGCCACACACACUCCCACUCACACUCUGACGCGUCCGCACACAGUCACACCCGUCCCACCCUCGAACCACGCAUCAAGCACAUCCCCCAAGCGACGAUCCGCAAGAAAUGGAAGCCCCUCCCCCAGUCAUCUCAGGACAAAAUCCACUCGAUCCUCUCGAAUCUGAAAACCAAGCGCUCCGGCGGAGGAGGACCCAACGCGCGGAUCCCGCGAGUCGGCAAACCGAGCGCAAGAGAUUCAAGUAGACCCGGCGCACCGCCGCGUGCAGGUGCGACGGCAUCCAAGACCGCGAUAGCAGAGGCCGAAUACGCCAAGAUCGUCGAGGAUGUGGCUUCGAGACUUCUCUCGCGCUUACCUCGCAUGCCCUUCCCGCCCACUUUAUCCCGCAGCAAUAGCAACGGCAACGCCGCAGACGACUUCGACCUUUCAAGCACCCUCGCGCGGAUCUCCACCCUGCAAGCGCAAUUGACGUGCAACAUGCAGACAUCGCGGCUUUUGGGCAGGCAGAUCAGUCGGGAAAAGGCAGCGCUCAAGCUGGAUAAGAAGGAGUUGAAGACGCUAGAGGACGGACUUCGCGGGAGUAGGGAGUUGACGAGGCGGAAGGAACGGGGGCUGCAUCCGUUGGCGAGGGAGGGCGGGGACGGGGACGGCCAAACCGAACGAGAGAACACUGUGAUCAUGGGGAUCAAGGCUGCCGGUGCUGCAGAGGAUAGAAGGUCAUUAGCUUGGGCUCUGACGGCAGCGACGGCAGCGGCGACGGCAGCAGCAGAGUCGAUGGACUCGACAGAGUCAGCGCUCGGCCUAGAGGACACAGCAGAUCCUGUCGACCCGGGUAUGAGUGUCCUGCUAGGACAGUUGCGGAGUCAUUUGCUGAGUAUGCGGAAUAACACGGCGUCUCUACUGCCGGUGGUGGAUGCGGUCGACGAGGCGCAAGUCGCGUUGGAGAAAUUUGCCGCAAGGAACCUGGACGAGGCGGCCAUACGUCAAUUAUAUGGCGCUGCUGUUGUUUGA